AUGUCGACUCCGCAGGGAAGUCUGCGCCAGCGCAACGUCCCUGGUUCUUCCAAGAAGAACGGGGGCCCUGCUGGCGUUGAGACGGAGCUCGAUAAACUCGCAAAGACCAUUAGACCAGCGUCCGGUACCAAUUCCGAGCUCAAUUACAAGAUCGCCUUUACGGUAAUCACCAUACUGGCAUUUGUGUCCAGAUUCUGGGGCAUCAGCCACCCGAACGAGGUGGUUUUCGACGAAGUCCAUUUUGGUAAAUUUGCCUCGUACUACCUCGAAAAGACGUACUUCUUCGAUGUGCACCCUCCCUUUGGGAAACUCCUUUUCGCCCUGAUGGGAUGGCUUGUCGGAUACGAUGGACACUUCCACUUCGAAAACAUCGGCGAUUCAUACAUAGCGAACAAGGUCCCCUACGUGGCGUACCGAGCCUUGCCCGCCCUCCUCGGUUCCCUGACAGUUUCGGUUACCUUCCUCAUCAUGUGGGAGUCUGCCUACACUCUGCCAGCAUGCAUUGUCGCCGCAGGUCUCGUUCUGAUGGACAACGCCCACAUUGGACAGACUCGGCUAAUUCUAUUGGAUGCAACUCUGGUCUUUGCCAUGGCAUGCAGUCUGCUUUGCUACAUCAAGUUCUACAAGUUGAGGCACGAGGCUUUCAGUCGCAAGUGGUGGAAGUGGCUGAUCCUUACCGGAUUUGCCCUCUCCUGCGACAUCUCCACCAAGUACGUCGGACUCUUCGCCUUCAUCACCGUCGGAUCCGCCGUCAUCAUUGAUCUAUGGGAUCUCUUUGACAUCAAGCGGCCCGGCGGUUCUUUGAACCUGCGAGACUUUGGAUACCACUUCGGUGCCCGAGCCGUUGGUCUGAUUGUCGUGCCGUUUCUCUUCUACCUAUUCUGGUUCCAGGUCCACUUCGCCAUUCUGACUCGAUCCGGACCUGGUGAUGAUUUCAUGACCCCCGAGUUCCAGGAAACUCUGUCUGACAACGUCAUGCUGGCAAACGCUGUGAACAUCGAGUAUUACGACACCAUUACGAUUCGUCACAAGGAGACCAAAGCCUAUCUCCACAGUCACGAGGCAAAGUAUCCUCUGCGGUAUGACGAUGGCCGAGUUUCCAGUCAGGGCCAGCAAGUGACGGGUUAUCCAUACAACGACACCAACAACUAUUGGCAGAUUCUUCCAGCCAACGAUGACAACCAAAUGGGUCGUCACGUUAAGAAUCAUGAACUUGUCAGGCUUCGUCACCUGGUAACUGACUCCAUCCUCCUGUCCCACGACGUUGCUUCCCCCUACUUCCCUACGAACCAGGAAUUCACCACCGUCCCUGUGAUCGAUGCCCUCGGCAGUCGUGCCGAAGACACCCUUUUCGAGGUCCGCAUUGAGCACGGCAAGGCGAAUCAGGACUUCAAGAGUAUAUCCAGCCAUUUCAAGUUUAUCCACAACCCCAGCAAAGUCGCAAUGUGGACUCACACCAAGCCAUUGCCUGAAUGGGGAUCCAAGCAGCAGGAGAUCAACGGCAACAAGGCGAUCGCUCCUAGCUCCAAUGUCUGGAUCGUAGAAGAUGUCCCCUCUUUGCCGGAGGAUUCACCACGUCGAGUCAAGGAAGAGCGUCAAGUCAAGAAGCUGUCUUUCUUAAGGAAGUAUUUCGAGCUGCAACGUUCGAUGUUUUGGCACAACAACCAGUUGACUAGCAGUCAUCCAUAUGCCAGUCAGCCCUACCAGUGGCCAUUCCUACUUAGGGGUGUUAGCUUCUGGACUCAGAACGACACUCGUGAGCAGAUUUACUUCCUCGGCAACCCGAUCGGUUGGUGGAUUGCCAGCAGUCUCAUUGCGGUCUAUGUUGGUAUCAUUGGCGCUGACCAGAUCUCACUUCGUCGCGGCGUCGAUGCGCUGGAUCAUCGUACCCGCUCGCGUCUUUACAACUCCACAGGAUUCUUCUUCCUGGCAUGGGCCACGCAUUACUUCCCCUUUUAUCUGAUGGGUCGUCAGCUGUUCUUGCACCACUAUCUUCCAGCCCAUCUUGCGUCCUGCUUGAUAGUUGGUGCCUUGCUUGAGUUCGUCUUCAAUGCAGAGCCAUCUGCCGAAGAACCGAGCUACCAAGAGAUCAAGGCUGGCAAGGCACAAACUUCCGGCCCUCAGCGACAUGUCACUGCCAGGGAGAGAUUUGCAGGACAAAGCAUGCUUCCGGCUUGGAUUGCCGCCGGUGUGAUCCUGUUACUGGCAUUUGGAGGCUGGUACUUCUUCCUACCGCUCACGUACGGCUACCCAGGCCUGAGUGUCGACGAGGUCCUUAGACGAAAGUGGCUAGGAUACGAUCUUCAUUUCGCCAAAUAG